CGCUCUCUUUCCUUCACCCCAAGCGCCCAUUGUGCAUUUUACUUGCUGCAGCACAUCGGCACGCAGUCACUCCUUCCUGCUUCAUCUUCCUUCUCGUUCUCUUGACCACAUCACUCUUUUUCCUUCGUUUCUUGUCUAGCCGUGUGCGCCAUCCCUCGCAUCCUUUGUCGGGUGGUGUCACGACUGCUUUUCCCUGCUCCGGCCUGGUGUCUUCCCUUCCCUUGCAGCACUGCUGGUGAUCUGGUCACCUUCCUUACAAACAGAUCCUCACGCAGCUUUUGGGCCCCACGAUCUGUGAUCGUCCUGUCGAUAGAGAGCAAGAGCAGAGCCUUAUAUCUCGUCCACAUUACAACCUGACCGGCCCCAUUCGCCUUCACCCCAUCGCUGUUUGAUACAGCGCACUCAUGGCCACCACCAUGUCGUCAUUCACCCGUGCCUUCUCGCACAAGCGCAACACUUCCGAAGCCGCCCCUUCUGCCCCCACGCAGCGCACUCGAGCCUCGACCUGGACUCGUCCGCAAAUCUCGUCUCCGGUGGUGUUGAUCUCCACAUCCAACGCUCACGUCAAGAACGCGCAUGCCAUCGCCGGCACCCGCCCCAUUGAAAUUCGCAAAAUCUCCACCUCCUCCUCGGUCUCGUCCAUCUCCAGCCGAGACAGCGAUGAUGGCUUCAGCAGUGCCGUGUCAGAGCACACACUGACCGAUGCUUCUUCCGUCAACGACUCUCCCAUCGAUGCGGAGCCGGAGACGAAGCGUCUGUCCUACUUCAAGCCAACUGUCAUCGAUGUCGGCAGUUCGAGCGUUGUAUCGCCGGAGGAAUCUCCCGAUCCGGAGGCAACGCCCAAGAUACCGCAGCGCGCUCCAUCGCACUCCAAGUCGGCGCACGAAACUCUCCACCGUAAACGAUCGGUACAACGCAUGCUGCAGCAUUCGUCUUCGCAGAGGAGUACUCCUCGCAGUUCAGUCGAUCCCGCCAGCCCAGCCCGAUCGCGCACCGUUCCCGCUUAUAUUGGCGAGUCGCCUCAGGAGACACCGUUCGACGACGAGCUUGCGCAACUCGACGAAGUCGCUCGCGAUUUUUCCAAUACCAUGCGAACGCCUGAAGAGGAUGCGGAUGUGAUGCAGAUUGAGAAGCGCGGGCUGGCAAGCUUCUCCGCCACCGAGUACAUGUCUGAGAUUCAAAGCCUGGUGCACAACCUCUUUGCAGAUGAGAAGUCAUGCUUCAUGCAGCUGGGAGGCUUUUUCUGAGCUGCUUUGCACUGAUGGAAAACACGCAAUCUGCGACGACGGCCAUGACUUUGAAGACUUAUUUUUCGAACUUGAUUUUGAGAUUCUUCGUGGGAGGGUGUUGAUAUUUAGAUUGUCGCCGCUUGCGACUUGCCACUCCUUGGAUAUGAAAACA